AUGGAUUCAAAAGCGCCAGAACACAACAAAGACAUCCUCAGAAAGGGGCGAGUAAGACAGAGACGAUGGGCGCCGAGAGCGAAAACAGGGUGUAUCACCUGCAGUUGUCACAAGUGCGGAUCGACCGGGCGCCGCUGUGAUGGCUACGAGAUGCGCGCCCAGCUGGAUCAGUCCAACACUACAAGGCGAUUGGCGCCAAUGCCGUCAGCGUGGGACUUUGUCUGCAACGAUUCUACAGAACUCGACAAUUUCUCGUUUUUCCAGUCGGUGACCACGUCAACUCUGGCCGGAAUCGUUGAUUCAGGGUUCUGGUCACGGCAAUUAUUACAGUUCUCCCAUCAUUAUCCCGCCCUGUGGCACGGCAUGACCGCUCUGGCGUGUCUUCACCGCGACUACCUCAACCAUGAUGCUCGCCUGACUCCGCCAGGCGCAAGGGAGAUUCGCAACAUGAAGUUCGCCCUGAAGCAAUACAACAAGUCCAUCCAAUCCCUCACACAUUUAUGCUCCAAACCAAACCUGGGCAUGAGUGAGAGAAUUGUCGUUCUAGCCACUUGUGCCUUAUUCGCUUGCGUGUGCUCCUUGCAAAACUGCCAGCAGCAGGCCUUCAUGCAUAUUCGCAAUGGGCUAAAGAUCAUCCUCGAGUGGGAGGCAGACUGCCGCAAUGUGUCUAGCUGUCAGGACUAUAUUGCCGGCAGUAUGCUGGUCCUGAUCUUCACCCGGCUCGACUCGCAGGUCAUUCCUUACAUGUUUGCAACUGACGACACCCAGGCGUGGAUAGACCGUCCAGUCUCUCCGCUGUUUACGCAAGCUACAUUCACCACCCUCUUCGGGGCAUACACGUCGAUCGAGGCUAUCUACAAUGGUGUUGUGCGACUAGUCUGGAGAUUUAACAAGCGAGGCUUGAGUCAUCGCUCUAUUGCCCCCGCCGAAAUAGAGGCGCACGGUCGACUCCUGCAGGCUUGGGAUGAUCAAUUGGCUACUGUGCUCCAAAAGACACCGGAACUCCGAAACUCGAAAGCAGUGGAUCUACUGAUGGUCCGGCGAAAGCUUACUGAACUAUGGUACUGCGUUGAACUCACGCCGGGCGAGAUCGAAACUGAUUUGCAUGUCGCAGACUGCGUGGACAUGGUGAACGGUGUUGUACGUAUACUCGGCGACUCGGGUGAUGAACCGGACUUCCAAGGCACCACGGCAGCUUAUAGUCUCGAAACCGGGAUCGUCGAGCCUCUGUUCUGGGUAGCAGUUCGCUGUCGCGAGCCGAACAUCAGACGCCGCGCACUUCGACUGCUCCAGCAGUAUCCUCGCCGCGAGGGCAUCUGUGACAGCACGGUCGCGUUUCUGACAGCUCAGAAGGUGAUGGAGAUUGAGGAGGCUGGAUGUCCUCGAGCGAGUGGCGCGCAACGUACAGCAAGCCCCUGCACCGCUGGGCAAUGGGUUUGUGAAAAUCACCGCGUUGCGACGUGGGAUUUCUCCCUGGUCUCGGAAAGUCAAGUCGUUGUCGUCUACAAGACCGUUGAAGAUUGCGUGCUCGAUGGUCCAGGAGUGAGAAUCGUUUAUUCGUGGUGGUGA